AUGGUUUAUUAUUGCUUGGAAAAGGUGUUUCCACCAUUAAAUUCAGUAACAUUGCUUCGCCAUUAUAUUCCAUUAUGCGGUGCGGUCAGUCAUUCGAUGUUUUCCAUUCACAUCCUGAAUCCCGAGUUGCUCACUAAGAUAUUUGCAAUGAACGAUGCUGCCAUAUCGAAUGCACUCUUUCUAAAUGCAAACUUGGGCAUCGCCGUCUAUAUGUACUACGCAAAGCACAUGAAGCGAGUGACCACCAGUGCAAGGGUGAUAUACAGCGUAUUUACGACGAUUCUGUUCAACUUUGGUAGCGUUUUGUUUUGGGCUACUGCUAAAGCCGUCCUGCCAAAAAACGGAGCUGCUCGAAUGCUGUUCGGGGUUUUCACCAGCUUUUGUUUCUUGGCUGUCGGCAAAGAUUACUGCAUGUACAUCAACAGCCUGUCAUCGCCUCCUCCUUCGGAUGCCGAGUGA